AUGUCAACAUUAAUUACCGCCAAAUCAACUUCAUUAUUACCACCAUCCUUAGAAAAUAAAAGACCCAAAGAAUCUUCUCCUACUUAUGACCAUUCUACCCUAUCUAACUACAAAUCUGUACUAGGUAAUUUAUUUAACACAGAUUUACAAUUGUCCAUCAAUUUUGAUAAAAAACAAAUUGACGGUACUGUUACAUUCGAAUUGAAAAGUACUAAUACAAAUGUAUAUCAUCUAGAUACUUCCUAUUUAGAUAUUCAUUCCAUCAAAUAUAAUAAUCAACAAAUCAACAAUUGGUCCAUUUUGGAUAGAGUUGGUGCAUUAGGCUCUAGGUUAGUCAUUAAAGAUAUACCUGAAGGUAAUUCCGCUAAUAGCAAUAAGUUAUCCAUUGAUUUCUCAACUACUGACAAAUGCACUGCGUUGCAAUGGUUAGAUAGUAAUCAAACUAGUGGUAAGCCAUACGUUUUUUCCCAAUUAGAAGCUAUUCACGCUAGAUCUCUAUUCCCGUGCUUUGACACUCCUUCUGUCAAGUCUAAAUAUACAUGCACCAUUAAGUCUCCAUUGCCUGUGGUAUUCAGUGGUAUUGAAAAGGAAUCACACGAAAAAGAUGUUUAUGCCUUUGAACAGACCGUUCCCAUUCCAUCUUAUCUAAUCGGUAUUGCUAGUGGCAAUUUGGUUUCUGCUGACAUUGGUCCACGUUCUAAAGUCUAUACCGAACCCUUUAGAUUAAAGGAUGCUCAAUGGGAAUUUGACGGAGAUGUGGAGAGAUUUAUCGAAACGGCGGAACAAUUGAUUUUUAAGUAUGAGUGGGGGUCCUAUAAUGUGUUGAUUAACCCACAAUCUUAUCCAUAUGGUGGGAUGGAAUCCCCAAACAUGACAUUUGCUACACCAACGUUAAUUGCCUACGACAAAUCGAAUGUAGACGUUAUUGCCCAUGAGUUGGCUCAUUCGUGGGCUGGCAAUUUGGUUACCAAUUGUUCAUGGGACCAUUUUUUUUUAAAUGAGGGCUGGACUGUUUAUUUGGAAAGGAGAAUUUUAGGUGCCAUUCAUGGUGACCCUGCCAGGCAUUUUAGUGCUUUAAUUGGCUGGAACGAUUUGGAAAAUUCCAUUAAUGCAAUGUCCAAUCCUGAACGGUUUAGUAAGUUAGUACAGGAUUUGAGCGAUGGCUGCGAUCCAGAUGAAGCAUUCAGUAGUGUCCCAUAUGAAAAAGGAUUUAACUUGUUGUUCCAUUUAGAAACCAAGUUAGGUGGAACUGAAGUUUUUGAUCCAUUUAUCAAACAUUAUUUUUCUACGUUUUCCAAAAAAAGCUUGGAUACUUGGCAGUUUUUGGACUGUUUAUUUGACUUUUAUCACUCCAAUUAUUAUUAUAAAAAUAGCAAAGAAAGGGAUUAUACCAAAUAUGAGAUUUUAAGAAAUGAGGUGGACUGGGAAACUUGGUUGUUUAAAGCUGGUAUGCCACCAAAACCCAUAUUUAAUACAGAACUAGCUGAUUCUGUGUAUGAUUUGGUACAUAAAUGGAAAAGCUUGGUUUCUAAAACCGACAAUACAAAUUCUUUCACACCCUCUCCUGGAGAUAUCAAGAAUUUUAAUUCUAACCAAUUGGUUUUAUUUCUAGACACUCUAUGCAAUCCUAAAGAGGGUGGGUUGCAUAAUUGGUACGAAUAUUCAGAAGUUGUUGAAAAAUUUUUAUCCGUUUACGGAAAGCUAAUUGGGGGGUCUCGCAAUGCAGAAGUUAUUUUUAGAUUCUUUAGAUUCCAAGUUUAUUCGCACAAUAAAGAAAGCUACUUGAAAUUAAGCGACUGGUUGGGUACUGUUGGUAGAAUGAAAUUUGUUCGUCCAGGAUACAGACUGUUAAAUAUGGUCGAUCGUUCUUUGGCUUUAGAAACGUUUAAAAAAUAUGAAUACACUUAUCAUCCCAUUUGUGCAACUUUGGUGAAACAAGAUUCAGGCAUAGGAAAUAAAUAA